GAGAGAAACUCUAAAAUAGAGAGAACCAUUUUAUAUGCACUUUAUGCGUUGCCUCUUAAGGAGGAAUAAUAAUACCAUUUUCAAGCAACAGAGAACUUAGUUCAGUACAACAAUGGCUCUUCUUUUCGCCAAAUUUACCUGUUUAAUUAUCGUAUCAAUGGCUUCCCUGGCCAAAUCCCGAUAUGAUAUUCCAUUAUCACCAGUAGUAUUAACAGAAGAAGAAAAGUCUACUGACUUCGGUUACUUCGUCUUGUCACAUCUAUGGCCUGCCACCUCCUGUCGCCAGUCCCGCCAUUGCUGUCCCUCCAACGCUUGCUGCCGAGGCUCAAAUGCUCAAACUGAGUUUACAAUCCAUGGGUUGUGGCCGAACUACAAUGAUGGAACCUGGCCUGCCUGCUGCUCGCAGAAGAGUUUUGAUGAGAAAGAGGUUUCAACAUUACUUGAUACUUUAAAGAAGUAUUGGCCAACUUACGGUUGUUUUCCAUAUACCACCUGUGAUGGCGGUGAAGGAUCAUUUUGGGCUCAUGAGUGGGAGAAGCAUGGGACUUGUUCCUCUCCAGUUGUUUGGGAUGAAUACAGUUACUUUUUGACGACCCUUAAUCUCUAUUUCAAAUACAAUGUCACAAGAAUCCUUAAUGAAGAAGGAUAUGUGGCUUCUAAUACUGAAAAAUAUCCACUUGGGGGCAUCAUUUCUGCAAUUCAGAAUGCUUUCCAUGCAACCCCAUGGUUGGUUUGUGACAACGGAGCUGUAGAGGAGCUCCGUCUAUGCUUUUACAAGGAUUUUAAGCCUCGGGACUGUGUGAUUGAAUCAUCUCAAAAUGACAGAGUUUCUUCAAGUUCAUGUCCUGAUUAUGUCAGCUUACCAUCAUACGUGCCAUUGAGAGUUGGCACUGCUGAAAAUGCUGUUCCAUGGGUUCCUGAAGCUAUUGAAGAACUUGGAAGCAUGUAAAUGGGAAGAUCUCAAUUUCAAAACUCAGAAUCAUUUUUACAAUAAUAUAGUAUAGUUUCCAACAACUCAAUUGAAAAUGGUACAAGUUUUGAGUGCAUCUAACAUUAAUAUGUAAAUACUAUUCCCCCAAGUCAUUGAGAAAUUAAUUAUUUACGAAAUAGAGCAUUUUUAUGAAGUAUUUGUGAUUGUGGGCACCACAUGGUAAGUAAUACCAUUGAGUCUUACAAUAUUAAAUCUUAACGUGGGUUUCACACU